UACUUCUACCAUUAAGUUGACUCCCUCUCUAAGUAUAAAAUCCUCUCACAGAUCCUCCAAGUGUUCAUAAGCUUUGAAUCUGGUUUUCAAGUCUUACUGCAAGUGAACCAUUGAAUUACUUUAUACUUCAAUUCAUUUGAUUAUACUAUAGCAGACUACUCAAAUACUUAUUAAAUGAUGUGCGAAAAGAUCGGCGAAAACGAAAUCUUCUCCGCAAUGAAUAACAAGACCUCGUCGUUGGUCUCCAAAGAGAUUCAAUUCUGUCAGACAUAUGAGCGCCGAAUGACUGAAUACAUGCAAUCCGUGCCACACAUUCCUCCGACACUUUUUGAGCUCAAACUCAGACACAAUGCCAUCAAAUCAGAAGUGGUGAAGCAGUUCAAGAAUGCAGUCAACAGUGAUAAUGGGAGGCAUUUGGUGUCCAAACUCGAGAAUCUCAUCGAAAAGGUUUACACGAAUUUGGUUAAGAAGAAUGCGAAAGAGUAUAAGACAUGUCAGGCGGGGUUUGUCAUCGGAUGGAAAUGUAGUUUCAAUAAACCUCAAAAUGAUAUCAAACCCGUCGACGAUAGGUUUUAGACACUGUCAGACACUGUUCAUCAUUAUUACUGUAAAUACAUAUCAUUGUAUAAAUUAUUAUUAUAUUACUUAAAAUAACUGUGUUAAUUAUGUAAUUAUUGAUAGACUUUUACCCAA